AUGGGCUCUUCCGACUCCAAGCUGGCCGCGGGAGUCUCCACAACACUCGGUUCUUCGGUGAUCGGCGUCGCUUCCACCGCCUCGACGAUCUCGGGCUCCGUCGCGACAACCGACGCUUCAGCUUCCGGAGCAAUGUCGGCGACCUCGGCGACAGCGUGCGACUCGUCAACCGUGUCAAACUCGGCUUCGUACUCGGCUUCCGAUGGCGACACGGGACUCGCCGCAUCGCCAGCCGGUUCUUCGGUCUCGACAACAACGUCCUCUGGAGCACGAGGUGUGGCUUCCGCAGCGACAACAGCCUCAUCGACCUCUGCGUCGGCCUUGGGCUCUUCGACGCUCAACACCGGCUCUUCCGUGGCAGGUGCAGACGCCUCGGCCGCCGCAUCAAAGUCGGCGAACGCAUAG